GCUCGCCCUGUUGGGGUGACCUGACCAGCCUCAGUCUGGAGGAACGCAUGCCUUUGCCUUUCCCUCCUCUGGGUGGAAGCUAGCGACGAAAGAGGCUGCUGCGGAGUGCGGUGUGCCUCCCUGCCCGAGUGCACAGUAAGGUCACCGUCACCUUGGAGGCUGGGGAAGUAGGGUGGCCACCCCUCUGCUUCCUGAGGGUCACCGGCUAGUCACUGGGAGUGCUUCAGGUCAUCGCCGAAGAUGGCAGAGGCUCACCAAGCCGUGGCCUUUCAGUUCACAGUCACUCCGGAAGGGAUCGACCUGCAGCUGAGCCAUGAAGCCCUGAAGCAGAUCUACCUCUCCGGACUGCACUCCUGGAAGAAGAAGUUCAUCAGAUUCAAGAACGGCAUCAUCACCGGCGUGUACCCGGCCAGUCCCUCCAGUUGGCUCAUCGUGGUGGUGGGCGUGAUGUCCACCAUGUACGCCAAGAUCGACCCCUCCCUAGGAAUCAUUGCGAAAAUCAACCGGACCCUCGACACGACUGGCUACAUGUCCAGCCAGACGAAGAACGUCGUCAGCGGCGUCCUGUUCAGCACGGGCCUCUGGGUGGCUCUCAUCGCCACCAUGCGCUACUCCCUGAAGGUGCUGCUCUCCUACCACGGCUGGAUGUUCGCCGAGCACGGCAGGAUGAGCCGCGCCACCAGGAUCUGGAUGGGUAUGGUCAAGGUCUUUUCAGGCCGGAAACCCAUGCUGUACAGCUUCCAGACCUCGCUGCCUCGACUGCCAGUCCCAGCCGUGAAAGACACCGUGAGCCGGUAUCUGGAGUCCGUGAGGCCUCUCAUGAAGGAAGACGACUUCAAACGGAUGACGGUGCUGGCGCAGGAUUUUGCUGUCAGCCUUGGACCAAAAUUACAGUGGUAUCUGAAGCUGAAGUCCUGGUGGGCUACAAAUUAUGUGAGCGACUGGUGGGAGGAGUACGUCUACCUCCGAGGACGCGGGCCGCUGAUGGUGAACAGCAACUACUACGCCAUGGAUCUGCUGUACGUUCUGCCGACGCGGAUUCAGGCGGCCAGGGCGGGCAACGCCAUCCACGCCAUCCUGCUCUACAGGCGCCAGCUGGACCGGGAGGAGCUCAAACCAAUCCGUCUUUUGGGAUCCACAAUUCCACUCUGCUCUGCUCAGUGGGAACGCAUGUUCAACACUUCUCGGAUCCCAGGAGAGGAGACAGACACCAUCCAGCACCUCAAGGACAGCAAGCACAUCGUCGUGUACCACCAGGGACGCUACUUCAAGGUCUGGCUCUACCACGACGGGAGGCUGCUGAAGCCCCGGGAGAUCGAGCAGCAGGUUCAGAGGAUUCUGGACGACCGGUCGGAGCCUCAGCCUGGGGAGGCGAAGCUGGCGGCCCUCACCGCGGGGGACAGAGUUCCCUGGGCCAGGUGCCGCCAGGCCUAUUUCGGGCGUGGGAAGAAUAAGCAGUCUCUCGACGCCGUGGAAAAGGCCGCGUUCUUCGUGACGCUAGAUGAGAGCGAACAGGGGUACCAGAAGGAAGACCCAGACACGUCGAUGGACAGCUACGCCAAGUCCCUGCUGCACGGCAGGUGCUUUGACAGGUGGUUCGACAAGUCGUUCACGUUCAUCGUCUUUAAGAACGGGAAGAUGGGCAUGAACGCGGAGCACUCCUGGGCGGACGCGCCCAUCAUCGGCCAUCUCUGGGAGUACGUCAUGGCCACGGACAGCUUUCAGCUGGGCUACGCGGAGGACGGGCACUGCAAAGGGGACACCAAUCCGAGCAUCCCGCACCCCACCAGGCUGCAGUGGGACAUCCCCGAGGAAUGCCAGGAGAUCAUAGAGACCUCCCUGAACACCGCGAGCCUUCUGGCCAACGACGUGGACUUCCACUCCUUCCCGUUCGACAGCUUCGGCAAGGCGCUGAUCAAGAGGUGCCGCACGAGCCCCGACGCGUUCGUGCAGCUCGCGCUCCAGCUGGCGCACUACAAGGACAUGGGCAAAUUCUGCCUCACGUACGAGGCCUCCAUGACCCGGCUGUUCCGAGAGGGGAGGACGGAAACCGUGCGCUCCUGCACUGCCGAGUCCUGCGACUUCGUGCUGGCCAUGGUGGACCCGGCCCAGACGGCGGAGCAGCGGCUCAGGCUGUUCAAGAUCGCGUCCGAGAAGCACCAGCUCAUGUACCGCCUCGCCAUGACUGGCGCGGGCAUCGACCGGCACCUCUUCUGCCUCUACGUCGUCUCCAAAUACCUCGGUAUGGACUCCCCUUUCCUUAAGGAGGUUUUAUCUGAGCCUUGGAGAUUAUCGACAAGCCAGACCCCACAGCAGCAGGUGGAGCUGUUUGACCUGGACCGGAACCCGGAGUACGUGUCCAGCGGAGGGGGCUUCGGACCGGUCGCCGAUGAUGGCUACGGUGUGUCCUACAUCCUCGUAGGGGACAACCUCAUCAACUUCCAUGUCUCUUCCAAGUUCUCUUGCCCCGAGACAGAUUCUCACCGUUUUGGGAAGCAUGUGAAACAAGCGAUGAAUGACAUCGUCACUUUGUUCACGCUCAAGCCCAACAUGAAAAAAUAAUUCCCUUAGAGGUGCUGGCAAGGAAACUGAACUCUUCUGACGCAAACCAAAUGAAAAAUAGGUAUUCAUCCCGGUAGUGGUUCCGGGAUGAAAAAUUGCUCUUAAAAAACUCAGAAGUUUUCAUUCCAGAAGAAGGUGGUGUCUUUGUUCUCCAAGAUCAGUCAGCGAACAGCAUAGUCCCAUCAUGUGAAGCGUAACCCUACCACUUCCAGGCUUGUCCUCACUUCGGGGACAUUUGCUAAAGUCCCUCUGAAGUCUUUGCAUCAGCUUGUAUUUAUUAAGGGGUUAACAUAAUGAACCAGUUAAGGAAUUAGUAGGGUUGUGACUUCACACACAUUGGAAAUGGAAGUGGCACCUCAGUGGUGACCAAAUACCUGGCACUUAAGGGCAUUCAGUGUCAUCAGAGCAGUAUCCACAUUGUUUUGUUAAAAGAAGAAAGCGUUGCUCAAGUUUUCGGUGUCCGCAGUUGUAGCUAACACACUUGUAAUGCACUAACUGAAAAUGCUGUGCUUUUGGAAACAGGUUUCUGUCCCCGUGGGUAACGCUGUCACCAUCAGGUCUGGUAGUCUGUCUGGACUUGCCUCUCCUUGUCUAGAGCGAGCAGGAUGCCACGUCUUUAGUUUUACUGACCUUGCAUGUCUUCAGAACCCAGUGCCUUAAACGUGGCGGGCCCUACAUAAAUGCAAGGGAGACCAGUGAAAGAUUCAUGCUGUGGAGUCUUUGGGUGGAAUGUGGGUGUACUGUUCCCUUCUCAACUUACUGAAUGGGUGGCCCUUAAACAAGCACCGGCCACCGUCCCCUCCCUCCCCCGGCUAGGCAGGGCCCCUGGAGGGCAGCUGUGCAGGACUCUUCUCAUUGCACUGCCUUCUUGUCAUCGUUAAGCAACAAAAGAAAGAACAAGCGUGUUUCCGAAGAGGGGAGCGAGGGGUAGGAUGGUUCGACGUUCACGUGUCUGGAGAAUUCACCCAAGAAUACCACGCAAUACGUGCCUCGGGGUUACUGCUCGGCCCAGCUGGCAGGAAGCGGAGCGGUUCUUGGGGAGGGGAAGGGCAGCCCCGCCUCGGCCAGGAGGGCUCAGCUCCCCGACACCGACACCGGCGGUGAGAGAGAAGACCCCCCUCCCCGUCUCCAGAGGAGCUGGAGGGAGAUGGGAACAGUGUGCCGGGUCGCCCUGGUGACCAGUGUCGCCAGUGACGGCGCUCGGUUGACAACCUAUACUGAAGAUAGGAGUGCCUUUGCCGAAAGCGUCCGGUUGACCACAAGGCAGUCCGCGCUGAGUCGCCGUCAGUAUUUCAUGUGAGAGUGGAGCGUCACCGAAUGAGAUUCCCACUGCCUCCGGCCGUCCCGGCGAGCUUAGCUGCUGUUUGAAUCAUGUGUUUAUUUUCCGACCACUUCGUUCCAUGCCUGGGCCUGCCUCCUCCAGAGUCCUGCGCCGCUGCGAUCUACAAAGUCGAGGGCUGACCUGCUGGAUAGAUGGAACACGCUUGCUGAAGGGCACGUGUGUGUUUUCUGUGUGUAUAUUUUGUAACGUAAACGAUUCCAUUUCAAUGGGCCAAAGAUUUUUGUUUUCUCUUAAAAGCAAGAAGAAAUGAAAACAAAAGACAAACAAACAAACAAAAAAAAGCAAAAAAAAAACCCAAUAGUAACAAAACGCCCGAUCAUCUGUGGUAUGCAACCCACACGGGUUUGGGGGGAAAUAGCCCCUCUGCCCAAGGCAAGGGCAGCUUCCAGUCACAAGCCGACAGCGGCGGCAGUCUCUGUCAGAGCCACCGGGACCACGCGCUGUCGACCAGCGAGCAGUCUGUGUUAGCGUGGUGUUCACGCAGGAAUUCACUGUAGACGUGUUAGCGCUUCAGCAUGUAUGGGUUUAUCUCUCAGGUUUUAAAUGUUUCAAGUGUAGUUGUUGCUAAUCAGUGCAGUUAUCAAUGCAAUUUUAUAUUCCUUAAAAGGAGGAAGAGUGAGUUUUUAUUGUACAUGUUGAAAGGGGGAGGUAAGAGUAUUAUGUAUUUAAUUUAAUGUGGAACAAACCAUGGUCUUACCACAGCCAUGGUUUGACUUUGUUAUCUUGGACUGUCCAUUGCAUGUAAAUACAAUAUGCUCUUUGGAUGUAAAUCUUAGAAACGCACAGUAUGAAUGUAGGUUAUCAUUUAAUAAAACAUUAAUCCCAGUCUACUACA